AUGAUGCGCUACUCGCGGCCAUACAGCAAACCCUACCAAUCCGGACUAAGCGUGAUGGGGUAUUCGCGGCCAUACAGCAACUCCUGGAUGGUCUUCUCCCCAUUCACGGCCUCCAUGUGGGCCAUCACUGCCGCCAUCUGCCUCACCACAGGGCUACUCGCCAUGCUGCUGGACCGGCAAAGGACGCCUGACUUCCAAGGCCCGCUGCACAAGCGCCUCAUCACAGCCGUGUGGUCUACUCGCUGUUCUGCUGGACAGGCAGUACACACCCGCAUCCCAGGGCAAGCUGCUGCACAUGCGUACAAACCCUCACACGCAAGUUUAUUCAAAGCGGAUUUCAUAAGAUACGGUGAUAAUACACACACACACACACACAUACACACACACACAGAAAGAAGAAGAAAAAAGAAGAAGAAGAAGAAGAAGAAGAAGAAGAAGAAGAAGAAGAAGAAGAAGAAGAAGAAGAAGAAGAAGAAGAAGAAGAAGAAGAAGAAGAAGAAGAAGAAGAAGAAGAAGAAGAAGAAGAAGAAGAAGAAGAAGAAAAAAAAAGAAAACUUCCUAUCAAGAGAAGCUGGCAUUGCUGGCGGGGGAGAGCGAGUAUGUGUUGUCUCACUGGCAUCAGGACGGGUGAUGAGGAACUUUGAAGCGCCUAAAAAACGGACGGGUGAUGAGGACUCCUACCUCAACCUCUUCUCCACCACCCGUCUCCCUUUCCCCCCUCUCUCUCUGUCCCUCCACUCACCUCUUGAAUGCCAUCAGAUCAAGCUGGUGUCGCUGGUGGGGGAGAGCCAGUAUGCAUCAGGGAUUUUUUUAGAAAUCCCUGCAACGUCAAGGGGAGAGCGAGUAUGCAUCAUCACUGGCGUCAGAGAGGGUGACGUGACAGUGAAAGUGGACGAGGAUCCCUACCUCAACCUCUUCUCCGCUUGCAUGGCAGUGACUUUUGAGUCGACUCAGAAGUCAUCUUGCUUCCUUGACAGUGCUAGUCCGCAACAACUUAAUUCGCAGAUAAGUGGUGCUUACUUGCCUGCCGCACCCCUUCCCCCCGGCCUCACCCACUCUCUUCCCUGGCAGGACAAGCUGGUGUCGCUGGCAGGGGAGAGCGAGUUUGCAUCAUCGCUCGCAUCAGGAAGGGUGGAAGUGAUAGUGGGCGAGGACCCCUACCUCAACCUCUUCUCCGCUUCCUUCUGUGAUGGGGUUCAGGCAUCGCAGCCCUUCUCCAUCCUCAACCUCGCCUUUGUGGGUGAUUUGUGCUCUGUUGACCCCCGAAUCACAUCCUCUUUCCUCACCCCCCUUCCCACCCACCUCCACCCCUUUCUCACCAUCGUCACCCCACAGGCAUUCCCAAAGGGGUCGCAGGUAGGGGCGGACAUCUCCCAGGCCAUCCUUGAGCUGCAUAUGCAAGGGGAGCUAGAGCGCCUCAAGGCGCUCUCUUCCUCUCAACACCUCCCUGCAACCCUCUUAACCCCUCCCUGCAACCCUCUUCAGAAGGACAACAUGUGCGGGGAGGACCAGGCCAGCUCUGUGCUAACGGAGGUGAACGUGCAGAAGUUCACGGCGCUGCUCAUCCUCUACCUCGUUGUCUCGCUGUUCUGUUGCAUCGCCUAUGUGGGCCUCCUCAUCUACCGCGGUUACCGCUACCACCACCACCCGUACGACGUGGUUACCACUACCACCAGUACGACCUGCCCCACUGUUGUGGUUACCAUACCGUCUACGUGCACUGUGGUUACAGUUGCGUUACAAUAA